AUGCAUCGUCCUCCGAAAACGGCAACGACACUGCUCGCUCUGUUGCUAUACAUGUUGAGGCUGGUCUCUUGCGCUCCCCCGGCGCUCCCCUCCGACGCGGUGGCGUUGCUGUCGUUUAAACAAGAAGCGGACGAAGACAACAAGCUCCUCUACGCGCUGAACGAGCGGUACGACUACUGCGAAUGGCAGGGAGUGAAGUGCGCGCAAGGGAGGGUAGUCCGCUUCGUGGUCCAGUCCAUGGGCCUGCGCGGCCCAUUCCCUCCGGACACCCUCACCAGACUGGACCAGCUCCGGGUUAUGAGCCUCCGCAACAACUCCCUCUUCGGGCCCAUCCCCGAUCUCUCCCCUCUCUCCAACCUCAAGACCCUCUUCCUCGACCACAACAACUUCUCCGGUUCCUUCCCUCCCUCUCUUCUCCUCCUCCACCGCAUCCUCACUCUCUCCCUCUCCCACAACAACCUCUCCGGUUCGCUCCCGGUUCGGCUCACUCUCCUCGACCGUCUCAUCGCCCUCCGCCUCGAUUCCAACAACUUCUCCGGCGCGCUCCCUCCUCUCAACCAAACCGCGCUCAAACUCCUCAACGUCUCCAACAACAACCUCUCUGGUCCUAUUCCCGUCACCCCCACCCUCUCUAAACUCAACGCGGCGUCGUUUUCGGGAAACCCUAGUCUCUGCGGGGAGAUUGUUCAUAGAGAGUGUGACUCACGCUCGCGCUUCUUCGGCCCCGCCACGUCAUCCUCCACGGCGCCGUUGAGCCAGAGCGAACAGUCUCAGGGUAUUUUGGUUGUGCCUGCUUCCACUAAAACAAAGCGUCAUCAAAAGACUGGGCUGGUGGUUGUAGGUUUUGUUGUGGCGGUUGUUCUUGUUAGUGUUUUUGGUGUGGCAGUGGCUUCGUUGGUGAAGAGGAGGCAGACGGCGGUUGGGAAAGCGGUGGUUGUGGAGCGGGGUGAGGUGGAGGGAGGUGUGGAGGAGGGGGAGAAGGAAGUGAAGGUGAGGAGGAUGGAGGAGGCGCACAGGAGUGGGAAGCUGGUGUUCUGCUGCGGGGAGGUGCAGCAGUAUACACUGGAGAUGCUGAUGAGGGCUUCGGCGGAGUUGCUGGGGAGGGGAAGCGUGGGGACGACGUACAAGGCGGUGCUGGAUUCGCGGCUGAUUGUGACGGUGAAGAGGUUGGAUGGGAGGAAGAGUGAGGGGAGCGAUGGGGCCGUGUUUGAGCGCCACAUGGAGGCUGUGGGGAGGCUUCGUCACCCCAAUUUGGUGCCGUUGAGGGCUUAUUUUCAGGCCAAGGGAGAGAGGCUUGUCAUAUAUGAUUAUCAGCCCAAUGGAAGCCUCUUCAACCUCGUUCACGGUUCAAGAUCGGCGAGGGCGAAGCCUUUGCAUUGGACCUCAUGCUUGAAAAUAGCCGAAGAUGUGGCACAUGGACUUGCUUAUAUACAUCAAGUUUCAUCUCUAAUUCAUGGCAACCUAAAAUCCUCUAACGUCCUUCUUGGGACGGACUUUGAAGCUUGUAUUACGGACUAUUGUUUAGCCUUAUUUGCGGAUUCUUCGUUCUCUGAAGAUCCCGAUUCAGCGGCUUAUAAAGCACCCGAGGCUCGCAACUCUAGCCGCAGGGCCACUUCCAAGUCUGACGUGUACGCUUUUGGUGUGCUUCUACUGGAGCUUUUGACGGGUAAACACCCUUCCCAACACCCUUUUCUUGCACCAGCGGAUUUGCAAGAUUGGGUGAGAGCAAUGAGGGAUGAUGAUGGCAGUGAGGACAACCGCUUAGAGAUGCUCACCGAGGUUGCCAGUAUUUGCAGUGCUACCUCGCCGGAGCAGAGGCCAGCAAUGUUGCUAGUCCUAAAGAUGAUACAGGGAAUUAAGGACAGCGUUUCCAUGGAGGAUACUUCAUUUACUAGACUCUCAUAG